AAACACGCAACACAAGAGGAAGCAGCAAUCAGCGGAUACACAAACUGAACAUUAGUGGCCAAUAUGUCAUUGGAGACUCCUGUUAUCCCAGCAAACCGAGGUGCUUCUAUCUCGGACACAGUAGCCGUGGGAUCGGAGCAGGAGAGCAUCGAGGCCUGGAGACAGCGAUGCAGUAUCCAGACGGACCAGCAAAUCCGCCUGGUGAAGCUCGCUCAUAUGCGCUACCAACAUCCCGACCUUGAUGAGAUCACUACUUUCCUUCAGGAUUUUGGCAUGACCGUUGCUAAGAGGACUGAUACCAAGGCAUGGUUUCGCGGUUAUGGACCCGAUGCCUUCGUCUACUAUGCUCAAAAGGGCCCGAAGGAGUUUCUUGGAGGGGCUUACCAAGUCGAGUCCUAUCAGGACCUGGAGAGAGCAACGCAUUUACCGACAGCUAGCAAAAUCCAGGAGCUUACAGAUGCCCCAGGGGGUGGCUACCUUGUGACCUUGACAGACCCUUCAGGGUUUCCGGUCAAUAUGAUAUAUGGAGUGCUUCCAGCGGCAACCGGAGCCUAUCCUGAAAAGAUCACGUACAAUUAUGAGAUCGAGAAGCCGCGUGUCCGGAAGUUCCAGCGAUUCAACAUCGGGCCUGCUGCAGUUCACAAGCUGGGACACUACGGUGUCUGCACUACGAAAUUUGCCGCUCUGGUCGACUUCUAUACCAAGACCUUCAACAUAGUACCCAGCGACUUUCUGCACGUGGGCGAAGGCAGCGAGAAGAAGCAGGUGGCCCUUUUCGCUCAUAUAGAUCGUGGUGAGGAUUACGUGGACCAUCAUUGCUUUUUCAUCAGCUCCAAUCCAACCGACCACGUUCACCACUGCUCCUUUGAGGUUCAUGAUUUUGACACGCAGAAACUGGGUCAUCAGUGGCUUGCAAAGCAACGGUAUACAUCUGUUUGGGGGGUUGGACGUCAUAUUCUUGGAUCGCAGAUUUUCGACUACUGGUGGGAUACGACGGGAAAUAUGAUCGAACACUAUGCAGACAGCGAUCUGGUAAACAAGAACACGCCCAUCAGUUACGGUCCAGCGGGUGACGAGUCCUUGGCCGUUUGGGGGCCGGAAGUGCCGUCUUGGUUUUUGCAAUGAUAUCUCGGAG